UCCAAUAUGGCAACUCUGAUAGUAGUAGCGUAACUUGCGGAGAAGAUGUUUUGAAAUAGUCGUACAUUUGUGUCACUUGUAGAGCGCGAAGAUAUAGGUGUGUUACGUAUAAAGCGGUUAUGUUAUUACGAGCAUUAGUAGGUGUUAUUAUCCCCCCAUAUCAUAGCAAUGGCGUGUGUUGUUAGGUUUCUGUGUGUGUUAUAUGUAUAACCUUAACUGGUUUUAUGUUGGGUUGUAUAUAUUGCUGAGUUUUUAAUAAUUUAUGCUUAUAUUAAUAUAAAAUGUGCCGGUAGACAUCGUAUCUCUGCCCAACUUUCGUAAAUGCCUUUUUAAUAUUUUAUAUUAUUUUCGUAACCUUAAAUGUCACGUUGCAUAUGAUUUGUUUAUGUCAUGUAUUAUUGUUUGUAACGAAAGUCAUUUCAGGAUUUCGGUACGUUUGUUGUUGUGUAUGUAUGAGUGAAUGGUUAUGUUGCUUCUGAGUGAAUGGUUAUACCAUUAGGCUAGCGAUGACAGAGCAGGUACUAAAAAUAAUAAGCAAGCCGAACGUCAGGUGUAAUGUCAGCUGUUCAUCUAAGACACAAUUAAGCUGGAGUUACUGUGCAUUACGAGAAAACGAGGAAUACACUGCAGUUGUCCCUGCAAUUCAUCUGCCUGCAGAAAUAUGCUGCUCCAAAAUAUUGUCUGGUUUUCUUUAUGAACGCCAACAGCCGAAAGGAAUGGGGGACUCCGUUUUACAAGUGUCCGACUGCUCCACAUGGCCAGCACCAGAGCAGUUGCAGCUCAAAGAGAGAUCAUCUGUACAAAUGCCGCCGAUCUUCAGCGAGGCUUCCUAAUGCUGUUCGAGGGCAGACCAUGUGUUUGGCAAGAACAGCAGGACGAUCGUUCGAUAGCAAUUCCUCGGGAUGUCACAUUCACAGGUUCUACGUAGAAUUGCCAGAGAUUCUAAUCGGUUCCCUCCGUUGUGGGCGGUUUGGUAAUCUUCGCAUGACUGCUGUGCUAUUCUCUGGACGGCAAGGUGCUUCAUUUGCGAUGCCGUCGAACAGUAAGACGAAGAGGUAUGCGCGGCAUUAUAUUGGCCUCUCCAUAUGUUCUAUACAUCAAAACUGUUGUCGAACGCAACUGGAGUGCAGAAUCGUUAUACGCUGA